AUCAAACCUGAGUGUUUUUGUCGGAUUAUAACUCAGGGGAUACACGAGUACUUCUUUAGAAUACCCAAGCCUUCGCCGGGGGAGAGAGAGAUCCGACACCUCCAACAAGCCCCCCAUUGCCUCGCUAGCAGAAGGACCUUUUCGAUAGCAGUAUAGAUCAAAAAUUUGGCAUCGCUGCCAAUUUUUAUUUGUGGCGGGGUGACAUGGGAAGAUCGUUAUUUACCCCACGGGGUAUCUGGGCCUUAAAAGAUACGUACGGUAAGUUUUUUUUAAUUUUUACGAUCGGUUAGAGAAACCGCCUUCUAGCCUCACAAACUUACUUCAAUCCUUAUUCAACAGCCUUUAUAUCAAGAUUCUGCACGGAUCCUUCCUCAAGAGUCCCAUCCGGUUGCCCCUAUAGCCCUCCGCGUCGUCCUAUAUGUGGCUAUUCGUUUUACCACUCCGUAGCGCGGCAUGGUUCAAGAAAGCCAAAGCCUCCCUCAAUAUUCAGGGCUAAGGGGGAACCGCUACUCCAUGGUUGCCCUAGAAGAGGGGGAGGGGAGCGUAUGUUCCACAAUUAUUUUACUACACAUUUGCCCAGGGCAGUAGUCGAGCCUGAGCGUUCAUCUAAAACUAGGUUAGUGCUGGUUAAGAUUUUUCCUUAAUCCACGAUUGUUCGAAUAGGAAUUUAUGUGGCUUUGGACGGCGUUUUGGGCGACCCCCAAAAUCUCAAAGUUAUUUCCCAGUUCCGUGGCCCCGGAUUUUGUCGUUCAGUCGAGGGAUCACAAAAUAUCACUCAUAUUAUGAACUCAUCACUAACAUUCAUGUAGUGAACUUCAUGAUACAGUAGUCCGUAUCCCACUUCAUUCUGCGAAGCAACACUUUGGGGCAUCUAGAUCCCGUGGAAAUCGGCCCUAUAACGAAGACUGGUACCAAGCUGGGGUCAUAGACAUUCCGCCCUUCACGCUUUCACCUGAUUCUGCGCCGACCGAUCCCUCUGUCUUUUAUUUCGGGGUGUUUGAUGGCCACGGUGGAGAGGAUUGCUCGUCUUUUGUCAAAGACUACCUACAUGCGUAUAUUGAGCAAAGUGCUAGGAUUUUUUCUGGGGGUGAAGAGCAAAAGGUUGCUACGCAAGCCCAAUUGGUUUCUGCCUGGAAAGACGUAGUAGGUGGGUACUUCAGAAGGUUUAAGCCAGAUUUUGGAGGAAGGGGAGAGGCUGGGGAGAUGGAGGCUCUUUUAACAUACGCAUUCCUGCAAGCCGACAUGGACUUCAUCACACGGGCCAGGCCAUGGUUUAUUGCCGGCGAGAGCGCUCCCCAAGAGGGGGCUCUGAAAAAGUCCACCCAUUUCAAAGGCGGAUCAACUGCUUCUAUAGCGCUAGUAUCCACUCCGUAUGAACUACUCCUUGCGACUUGUCUUUCGAGGCCUUGGAGUUAUUUCUAAUCUAAUCUAGUACCGCAACCCCCUUCUGGGACCCUAAAACUUCUGCAACACUCAUAACUGCGCACAUUGGCGACACUCGCAUCCUCCUUUCCUCGACCUCUACAGGGCUUGCUCUCCCUUUAACGACGAACCAUCAUCCCUCGUCGCCCACCGAGUCGAGGAGGCUUCGUCGUUAUGCGACUGCUUUUGUUUCGGAUUCUUUCGGUGAAGAACGCUUCGGGGUUCUUGCAAACACUCGGUCUUUUGGGGACGUCUCCCAAAAACGCCUUGGGGUGUCAGCCGAACCUGAAGUUUAUCGACGCGAACUUGAGCCUUCCGAAUACGCAUUCGUAGUCCUCAUGAGUGAUGGGAUUAGUGGAAUCUUGACAGACCAAGAGAUUGUCGACAUUGUGAAGGAAUGCGGAACCCCGGACGAGGGGGCUAAGGAACUGGUUGAAUUCGCUGAAGAGGUUACUACGGAGGGUGACAACGCGACGGCAGUUGUUGUCAGGUUAGGUGGAUGGGAUCGGAGAGCUGAAGGAGGGGAGGGGUUUAUGGGAACGAAGGACUUGAGGGCGUGGAGAAGGGAUGAGGCGCUCGCUGGCUCUCGAGGUAGGAGGAUGUAG